UUGACAACUUAGUGCUAGACACUCGGAGAGAGAAACUACUUAUCUCUUCCCAAAUCCAGUGUCCAUAGCUUCUAUGGCAGAGGCUGUUAGUACCAUUCUUUAGACGUAUAGCCACUGCCUAAUCAUGAUGGAUUGUUUAGUCCUUACCAGCCUCUAGCAGAAUCUUAAAACCCUGACCCUCUUCCAGCUUUCUUAGAGUUCUAGCUUCUCUUGAAACUACCAUUUUUUUCCUGAUCCUGAUAUUAUUUUAACUGUAAGCAGUAAAAGGAAUCAGAACUUUAACUAUGAUCAGAAAUCCAGAUUAUACUAAUUUUGUUUGCUGUGCUGUUUGCCAUAAAAUAAUCCCACCAGCCCCUUUCGGAGAAACCUUCAAACGGAUCCAUGAAUACAAGCCAUUUAAGACACGCUUUUACACUCACAAAGAUAUACUGAAUAUUGGGGCAAGUAUUCUGAACCAAGAAGAGCAGCUUCAACAGGCUGCACUCAAGGAAAGCAUUGCAAAAGCAGAAGCUAGAGUGUGGCAGCAGGCUGCUGAACUCCAAAAACAAGCAGUGGAAAAAGCACUGGAGGAUGCAAAUGACAGGCACAAAUUUGAAAUUCAGAUGCUGGAAGAACAACAUCAAAAAGACUUAAAGGCCGUAGAAGAGAAAACCAAGAUGGAAAUGUUUCAAAACAUGGAUGAGGAACUGAAGAGGGAGAACUCUGCCGCAGAACAGCGGAUGGUCCACAGAAUCCAGAGGAUUAUGAUGGAGUGCCACAGAGAAAAGAUAGCGGCUGUGAAUAAAGCCAGGGAAGAAGAAAGAGAGAUUGCCCAGAAAGCUGUUCAGGAACAGAGAAGCAAGGCCAUGGAGGAAUUUGUGAGUACUGGUGUAACGGCUAUUAAAGACCAGAAGACAAGCUUGGGCCAGUUGAUCAAAGCAAAGGAGCAUGAAAUGAACGCCUACUAUGGCCUGGCUCAGAGGCAGAAGCAAGAAGAAGUGCAGGUAGUGCUCCAGGAAGCCGAGAAAACACACCAGGCCAAUCUUGACAAUGUGAUGGACAAGCUCGUCAACACCCAGGGGGAGCUGGUGUCUGUGGCAAGGCAGCUGGGAAUCAUGACAAACUGGAAAGAUUUCCUGGAGGAGGAACUACAGGAGACCAGGGCAGCAUUUCAGAAGUAUAUCAAUUAUACCUUCCCCAAGCUCUCCCCAGGACAUGCCGACUUCAUUCUGCCGGAAAGAAAGAAAACACCUUCCCAUCUUCCUCACGACAAUACAAAGAAUACUAACUAGACAUCAGCUGACAUGUCACCCCAAAAGACAGCGUUUCAAAGCUGAAUAAAUACACUCAAUACCACUUA